CGUCAGAUUUAGGCGAGCUGUGAGCCAAUGAAAAGAGGCGCAGAUGCAAACAGAGGAGAAGAUCUCACAAAGCGACCGCCGAGGUUUUUUCCCAUCAGAUCUGCAAACCUCAUCUGUGCAGUGGAAGGAGGAAGAGGGGAGAGAAAUGGAAGAUAAAGUUACAGAUUUCUCAGGAAAAUGGAGAAUGAAGUCCUCGGAAAACUUCGAGGAGCUUCUGAAGGCGUUGGGCGUUAACGUGUUCCUGAGGAAGAUAGCCGUGGCGGCAGCCUCCAGUCCGGCCGUGGAAAUCACCCAACAAGAAGAGACGUUCUCCAUUAAGACUUCCACCAGCAUUCGCACCACUCACGUCUCCUUCACCGUGGGUCAGUCCUUCAGCGAGGCCACAGUGGAUGGGCGGCCCUGCACGAGUUUUCCUAAAUGGGAAACAGACCGAAAGAUCAGCUGUGAACAGACCUUACAGAAAGGCGACGGGCCUAAAACAGCGUGGACCCGAGAACUGACCAAUGAUGGAGAGCUCAUACUGACAAUGACUGCCGGUGAUGUAGUCUGCACCAGGGUUUAUGAGAGGGAAUGAGGACAUGUUUCCCUUUUGUUCUGUUGUACGAGACUUAUUCAUGCAUGGUUUACAUUCACUCUGUUUUUUUUUCCUUCCUCGUCCAAGAUUGUUCUUUAGUCCAACGAGCUGAACUCUGCACAGAAGGCAAGUGGCCUUCAACAUCAACAUGUACUCUUAAUGGGUGAUUUAGUCAUGUCAUACAUUCCUUAUAAGUGUCUUUUACCUGUGCCCUUGUUGUUUUUUAAUGGUAAUAAACUAUUUUAUAUGAAA